AGAACUUUUUCUUGUUCCCUUCUGUUCUCAGGAGUUAUGUCUCUAUACACUAGGCAACCUGGCUGUGGAGAGUGAGGCUGUGAGGAGGCAGCUUCUGCCACAGGGCAUUAUUCCAGCUCUUGCUACAUGCAUCCAGUCCCCUCAUGCAGCUGUUCUGGAAGCUCUUGGCUACACCUUAUCACAACUUUUGCAGGCCAAUGAAGCUCCUAAAGAAAUCAUUCCCCUUGUCUUGGACUCUGCCAUCCUACCGAACAUGCUUCGACUUCUACACCCUAACCCAGAGCUGGGGGCUAGUGUUGCUGUGGAAUUUGCCUGGUGUCUUCACUACAUUAUCUGCAGCCAGGUGAAUAAUCCCCUGCUCAUUGCUCGAGGAGCUUUGUCCAGUCUGGGGAUAUUACUGUUGGACUUGGCUAGGGCUGCCUCAGGAUCUGUGGAUACAGGACUGGAUCUGUUGGCUUGCCCAGUACUUCGGUGCUUUGGUAACCUGCUGGCAGAGGAAGGAGCAGCUGAAGCAGGGGUACGAGCAGAUUUUGGAGAUGAGCGAAUUAUAGUGGCCAUGUUUAUCCUCAUGGAGUUCUUCAUCCAGCAUCAACCUAGCCUGGUUCCCGAGUGCCUCUGGGUCCUCAAUAAUCUCACUGUAAAGGAUCCUGGCCUCUGCAGUGCAUUGCUCUCCCUGGAUCUGGUUGCUCCUCUCCUGCAACUCUUACCCAUUUCUCGGGUGGUUCGUAUAUUGGUGCUCACAAUCCUGUGCAACAUUGCAGAGAAGGGUCCUUUCUACUGCCAAAGGCUCUGGCCAGGUCCUCUUCUCCCUCACUUGCUAGAUAUCCUGACCCUUUCUGACUCAGAGGUGGUAGGCCAGAGCCUGGAGCUAUUGCAGCUGCUGUUUGUACACCAGCCUGAGGCAGCUCAGGACUUCUUACAGCAUGCUGGGCUACAGGCCUUGGAAAAACACAAAGAAGAGGUGGACCUCCAGGACCGUAUCCAAGCUCUCCAGGAGGUGGCGCUGGGGGGAAAUUCACUUGUACCGAAUGCAUUGGCACUGCCAUAGCCUCUCCCUUGCCUGUCCCACUUUGGUUCAGAAGUUAAUCGUCCUUAAGUUUCCCUUCAAGAAUGACUAAAUGGGCAUCAGGUCCUGGCUGCUCAGAGUCCUGUCCCAUUUCCUGUCCCCCCUCCCUCCCUUCUUCCUUUUCCCUCUUUCAUAUAUCACAGCAUCCCUUAGAAACGAAAAGUUGUAUUACAUUAAAUUUCCUCGGUCACAA